UAAAGGCGGCAUCGCUACGGUAGUGAGUACAGUGACACUGAGGUUUAGUGGUGUGUUGGAAGCGACAUCAGUCUGUGGAUCCCAGACACCUUAUCCGCAUAAUGUAUCCAUAAAUCAGCGAGUGUUUUCUCUCACUCCGAACAGAGGAAACUACUAGCGUUCAUUAAUUUCCGUUCAAUCGUUUGUCAACGGUCGCCUGCACUUCCCGUUAAGAAAAUGAUUGCUCGAGGAUGCGUUGGUCUCGCGGUGCUGGUGAAUUUUGUUUUCUCGGUGCCUGUGUCCCCAGGUCACAUGGAUGAUAAGGACGUGAAGGUGAUGAAGUGUAUUGUGGAAGUCAUUGCGGAUGCGCUGUUUAAGCCUCACCCCAUCCCAGUUUCCCAGGACUGCAUUGAAACACUAAGCACUGAUGACAGGCUCGUGACAAUCCUUCGCCACCGCAACUUUCUCAGAGAGUUGCAAGAGAUUGCAGAGGAAGGAACCAAUGAGAGAGCACUGAAUCACCCAGGGGACAUACCUGAUCAUGUGACUAGCUUCCCUAAAGACAUGAAAGCUGCAGCUGAUCAGUCAAUGCUGGUUGCCAUGGAAAAACCAGAAGAGACUGCAGAGAAGAGAGGAGCCAGUGAGGAGAGCUCCAGGGAGAGUGAGGAGACAGAGCAAGAGUCUCAAAAAAGGAACAAGAUUGCUGCUGAGGAGGAAGAGCACGAAGAAGAUGAGAAUGCAAGCAAUCACAUCACCAACUCCAUGAACCUGGAGGAGAAAAGAGAGUCACAGGAGGAGGCAACAAUAAGGGACGAGGAAAAACAGGAGGAUGAGAAGAAACGCCUCCUUCAAGAGGAGAAAAAUGAUCUGACUCAAAAUAAAGAAGGUUCCACAGUCACAGAUGCUUUGGAAGCAAAUUCUGAGUUAAAGCAAUCCAUCAUGGAUAAGGGAGCUGAAAAGGAGGGAACAAAUUCAAAAGAAGAGCAAAAGCAGGAGGAGGAGGAGGAGGAGGAGGAGCAGGAGAAGAAAGAGUUUGGCAUGAAGCGCUGGAAUCGCAUGAGCAAGCUGGCCCACAAAAAAGUGGAGACAAGCCCAAUGUUGGAAAGCAACUGGGAAGCACCGCAUCACUCCAAGGAACAAGUGGAGAAAGAGGGAGAGUUGCGGAGGAGCCCAGAGGAGCAGGAGCUGCAGCUUAUGGCACAGACAGAACCAGAGGACAAAAGGGAUGAGGAGGGCAGUGCCAGUAGGAAGACAGAGGAUGCUGAUAUUGAGAGUUUGGCUGCCAUCGAGUCUGAACUAGAAAGUGUGGCUCAGAAACUUCAUGAACUGAGACGAGGCUGAGCUGCUCCAGCCCUCCACCUCUGUCUGCUCUGACUUUCAUUUCUCCUUCAGUAGAAAGGCAUGUUAACUUGAGAUGAAGCUCUCACCUUCUCGCUCGGUGCAGCAGUGCAAGCUCUUAUUUCAGCACAUUAUCUGCUCAUUUCCUAAACAUGUGAUAUGAGUCCGCACAGUGUCACACAAUAAUAUCCUGAGUCAGGUCCCUUCAUCUCCUUUCCCAGCUCCACUGCUUUGCUUUAUUGUGCUUGCUUCCUGAAGAAAUUUAGAGAUUGAGUAUAUAUCAUAUAAAAUUAAUAAUAAUUUACUAAAAACAACCCAGGAUAUCAUAGGUUGUAAUUUUUAUUUACAUACACAUUACAGUAUAUUACGGAGUCUUAUGAUCCAUUGGCAAUAAUGCUUUUAUUAGAUAUGGUGACGACUGUAAUUAAAUGCUUUUUGGGAUUAAUUUAAGA